AUGGAUACUCCAGUAGAGCACCAAGAGAAUUUUGUCAAAGACAAGGACCCAACAGAAGAUGACCCUAGUCAAAUUCCGACCCGCAAUCUGGAGCAUCUCUUUGGCUCCUCAACCACAAUUCGCUGUGCCUUGCAGAACCAUUGCAUUCCGUGUGGCUAUAAGAUUUGCAACUCUGAUGUGGCGCUGGACGGCGAGUUCAACAAGGUGGUUCCCAAUCAGAGACCAGAGCAGUGCCCUCGAGCCAAGAAGCAGGAAGGUCCAGAUUAUUCCAUGGGUUAUCAGACAAACGGAAUGCGAGUGCUGACUGUGGGAGACGGAGAUUUUUCGUUUAGUUUGGCAGUGGCUCGGUUGCUCUCUUCUGCUACUAAGAGUUUCAAGAAGAAGAAGAAGGGCGUGAAUCUGGUGGCCACGAGCUACGAAUCCAAAGAGACGUUGCAGAGGGUUUAUCCCAGAUUCGAAGAAACAUCUGCGGAAUUGACAGAUUUGGGUGCCACACUGUGCUAUCAGGUGGACGCCACUCGCCUCCACGAAACUCUUCCACCAUCAAGAACACUGUCUAGUUUUCACAGAAUUGUUUGGAAUUUUCCAUGUACUGCUAUUGACGAGGGACAAGAUGGGCAAAACGAUGCCAUGGAGAGCAACAAGCAACUGGUCCGAACCUUUGUCGAAAAUGCCCGACGGUUGGUGGAUCCGGGUGGUGGAGAAAUUCACAUGUGUCACAAAACAAAGCCUCCGUUCAAUCAGUGGCGGAUAGAACAAGUGGCCGUGGAGAAGUGCCAAAAGGAUGGGCCUCGCGUUGUCUAUAGAGGUCGUGUCGUGCUGGACAAAUGUCUUCUGCCUCCCUAUCAACCACGAAAAGCCUUGCACUCCAAGAGUUUUCCAUGCCACGAUGCUUGUUUUUAUGUGUUUCGAGUUGGCGACAAGAAGAGUGACACGGUACAAGAAACCAUUCGAGAAAAUCUAUCCUCCGAAUUCGAUCCCACAGAAGACAACAAAAGGGAAACUUUAGUUCCUGUUACGAGAAAGCUAGUGUUAACCAUUCGGCGAAGCUUGCUCGACCAGGCAGCCAACAAGCAUCGGAAGAGUCGCCAAGGAGGAAGACAGCAAAAGAGACGGAAGCGAUAG